AUGGACAUCGUGAGCCAUUCCAUUCGUGAGCGCACCAUCGCCGAGAACAGUCUGGUGAUUCUCCUGCAGGGUCUGCAUGGACAGAUGACCACCGUUGACCUGCGAGAUGAGAGCACAGCGAGGGGACGCAUUAUUAACGUCGAUGCUUUCAUGAACAUCCGGCUGGAGAAGGUUCUGUACAGGGACAGACUUGGAUUCAUGUCCAGUAUGGACGACUUGUUCAUCACUGGCAGAAAUGUGCGUUACGUCCACAUCCCAGACCACAUGAACAUUAUAGAGACAAUAGAGACCCAGCUCGCAAAAAUACACUGUGUGCGAAACUUUGGAGCACGCAAAGAAUACUCCAAGAAUAAAUAGAUUUUCUGAGAAACUAAUGCUUGUCAAAUAGAUGGUUUUGUAAUGCACAGUUUUAUUUUUCAUUAAGCAAUGCAAUCAUGGAGCAAAAAAGGAAUAUAUAGUUAAAAUGUUGCUAGUUGGUGAUCGAAAAAGCUCUGAAUAGUGUCUCUAGGAAAAGUGUGGGAAAAGUUAUUUCUGUUUAUUUUGUUUUGCUCUAGUGGUUUGAAAAAACAAUAAACAGUGAAAUAACCAUGA